AUGACCACCUUUAGUGAAGGCAACAGAAUAGAGUAUGCUGAAGAUGAGUCUUACCAGCCAAUAUUGCAAGACAAAAGAUCAUUCUCGGCGGAGCCAGUGAGUUCUGAACUUGAAGAACUGUUAUCUGACGUGGAAUUAUCCCGCUAUCAAAGAAUCGUAAGGGCCACCUCGAUUGAGCUCAAAAUCCUUUCUCGUCUAGCAGCACCAGCAAUUGUGGUUUACUUGCUCAAUUUUUUUGUUUCCAUAUCCACCCAAAUUUUCUGCGGUCAUCUUGGCAAUCUUGAACUUGCUGCUGCCUCUCUUGGAAAUACUGGUGUCCAAGGCUUCAUCUUUGGCGUUAUG